CGAAUCCUGCAAAUGCCGACUGAGUUCGUACCCACAUCAGUGGGAAGAGGGGCUGCCUUUCUAUGGCUGCUGCCGUGCAACAUGAGGUGGUGGAAGAGCAGUGUGAAGGGCCACGCUUGCGUUGGCAGACACGGGCCCUUCUCAUUGGCCUGGGCACAGGAGUCGGGGAUAUGGCAGAGGAUGAAAGCGUCGGGCAUGGCAAAAACAAAAAUUGCAAGCCCCGGGUCAGAGAUAUAUGUCAUGCUGCGGGCGCCCCAGCUGCCGCAGCGUUGGGAUGGGGCGGCCAAUUGCUCGAGCAGCUCGGAGGCACUGGCGCUGCUGCGAUACUGCUUCGAGGUUGGCUCGAUGCGUGUGUUGGCAGGAGGACCAGCGGAGAAGCUGUAGGGCUAAUGAAAGCCGGCGCAGACUAGAUGUGUCGCGCAUUGACUGGACCAGCACGUCGCCAGUCACCGGCCCGCCGUCGAAGGAAGGCUUCGCGCCGUGCCGCUUCCGUCCCAUAUAUUCGAUGGACGUGCGUCAUCUCAACGCCUGCCACCGCGUGAGGGAGCUGCACGGCCGCCGGAGGACGAUGCAGCUGCUCACUUCCCGCGACAGGACGCGCUGGCCGUGCCAAUCGGACCGGCGCACACUCGAGCACGGCACCGGGCCUCGCAUGGCGGGCGGGAGCGUGCCUGGAGAACUGCGGAGGCCUGCGCAUCUUAUCGUUCCUUCGACGCCGACGGUGCAGUUCGCACACGCGCCCCCUGCCACGCCCCGGGUUCCCACGCCUCCACGGAAUGCUUUGGCCACCUGUUCAGCUCUGCCCCGGGAAGGACACCUGUGACGUGGGCGUCCCCAUGCCGGGCCCGCGAGCGAGAGGCGCCCGACCCAGCUGCUGUCGGCAAAGUCGGGCGUGCGAGGGCGAGAGCAGCGGUGGGGUCCUCGCCCCCUCCGUCUCUUCGCUGUCAAUGUGCGCUGUGUGUUGUCAAGGCAUGAACGCGUCAAGGGUGUGGGCGAUUUAGUGGCAGAGGGCGAAUGAUUCUGUG